ACCGUUAUUGUUACAGUCUAGUCGGCAUAGAAAAGUCUAGCCCGGCCGUUGAACAUCCCAAAAUGAAUUUGUUUGUUUCUACGUUGCAAUGAUUUGAGGCGGGAGUCUCGUUCGUGCGGUCGUCGGUUCGAUUGGCGUACGUGGGUGGCACCGAUAACUGUACUUGUAAUACCACCAGGUACAUCGUAACAGCCGAAAUGUGAGCCCGGGUCUUUCGGAUCUCAUUCUAUCGUAGAUAAUCGUAGAGACGAUUUCAUUAAUUUUAUAGUCGCGAGAAGACGGUAAUGUUUAAAAUUGUGCGCCGUGCCUCGGAAUGGAAUGAAAUUAACAAGCUCGGGUGAUAUCAAGGUCGGGUUGUGGUUGUAAAAAAAAUUUAUUGUCGUAAUCUCUUCGGUAACCGACAAAACCCUGGUAUCGGCGAGUUUCUAAUAUAAUUGUGUCAUUUUUGCACCACGAACGAACAGCUGUGCAAAUAUAUGUACGAGCGUCUGUACGAACAUGUAGUCGUUCGACCUCCGUGUAUUAGUUCGUGAUAUAAUGUGACGAUAAACCUCCGACAAAUUGGCUCUAAUAUCGGACAAGAAUUUUCUCAUAUCCUAUAGAAAAACGGAGAUUUUUUCGCGCAUCCAGCAAAACGCUAACAAAUAUCUAUGAAAUAAACCGUGUGACGUACUCGGAGUCUAUUUGUACCAUUGGCGCAUUGGUUGAUUCGAAGGAAUCGGCUGCAAAAUUCAAGAAUACACGAAUUCUUCUACCGGUAGACCGAGAUGCAGCACUUCGACUGCGUUACAAACUUUGGGAUGCCCUGAAUCCUCAAUUUUGCUCGCCCAAAAAGAGGAAACGGUGUAUCUCCAAAACGAAGAAUUCCAAGAUGUUACAGCGGGGCAAAUUCCGGUCCAGCUACGUCCUCAGAAAGUUUUAGUAAAGCUGAGGCCGCACUCGACGCAAGUGGUGAACCUUCAAUUCAGACCGGCCAAAAAUUAUCCGAUCGAUUUAUACUACUUGAUGGACCUGACCUGGUCGAUGAAGGAGGACAAGGACACGUUAGUGUCGUUGGGUGGCAAAUUAGCACGAACUCUUGGUACCUUUACGAGUAAUUUUCGUAUGGGAUUUGGUAGUUACGCCGACAAACCAUUGAUGCCAUACGUAUUUCCUGGGCAUGAAGAGAAUCCAUGCCAAAGCGAACAUACCACAUGCGCACCGCUUUACGAUUUCAGACACCACAUGCAACUCAGUAGCGAUGUACAAGAAUUUAUUAGCAAGGUGAACGCAAGUGCGGUAACAGGAAAUGUUGAUAACUUGGAGGGAGGCCUCGACGGGGUUGUUCAAGCGAUUGUCUGCGCCGACCGGGUUGGCUGGGCUCAUCAAGCUAGAAAAUUAAUGCUGGUUGCGACCGAUGGACUCUUGCACUUUGCUGGCGAGGGAAAGCUGGGUGGUGCAGUUCAUAGGAACGAUCUUCAAUGUCAUCUGAACAGCGACGGCGAGUACUCCAUGGCGAAGACGUACGACUACCCUUCGCUCGCGGAAUUAUCUCGUAUUCUGCGGGAGCACAAAGUAAAUUUGAUUUUUGCCGUGACGGAGGACAGACGCGACGAGUACGAACGAAUCGCAACUAUACUCGAGGAAAAAGCUAGAGUUGCAACUUUGGCGGCAAACAGUUCCAACAUAUUGGAGAUCGUGGAGAGGUCGUAUCACGAUAUCGUAUCGAAAGUUGUGCUCCGUGAUAAUUCUACUGGACCAUUCGUACUCGAAUAUUUCUCAAAAUGCGGUCUUUCGAAUGGUCCAGAAUUAAAGACGUCCCAAUGCGCAGGCAUAAUAGAGGGUCAAGUCUAUGAUUUCAAGGCAAUGUUUACCAUGGGAUCGUGCCCCCAAAAUCAAAGUCUUUGGAGACAAAAAGUCGUGAUCGAGGAUGCUCUGGCUUCGGAAGCUUCGGAAACAGAAAUUGAAGUUGAAUUACUCUGCGGGUGUGAUUGUGAUCCGCAGGACGAUUCCUACUGCAAUAAUGGCAAAAAUGAGUGCGGGUUAUGCGAGUGCGAAACUGGCUGGUCAGGUGAAACUUGUGACUGCCAUGAAAGUACCGGACACGGUAUAAACUCCCAGUGCAUCAAUCAAAAAGAUACGUUCGCGUGCUCAAAUCGUGGUGAAUGUUUUUGCGGGCAGUGUUCCUGCGAUCCAGGAUACAACGGACAAUUCUGCGAAUGUUCACCAUGCGAUAAGGCGAAUGGUCUCGAGUGCGGCGAUCGGGGUACGUGUGACUGUGGAAAAUGUGUUUGCGUCGAUGGUUGGGCCGGAAAUGCUUGUCAAUGCCCAUCUGGAGACGAUCUCUGUAUCGCCCCCGGAAGCAAGGAAGUUUGCGGGGGGCAUGGAUACUGCGAUUGUGGCCAGUGCCGAUGUAAUGCUACUGCUCCGGAUGGUCUGUUUUACCGCGGAACGUACUGCGAGUCUUCCGCAGGAGCUGGUGGAAGCGGACUUUGCAUAUUUUACGCUUCUUGCGUGAACGCGACUGUCGAUUCACCGCAGGAAGUUAUAAAUUUCUGCCAAACCAAUGUAACCGUCUACAGUACGGUAAUGGUUGACAAAGUGGACACAGCUAGUAAUCAAUAUUGUUUCGUGAGAACUUAUGCGGAUACAACAGUCUGUACGAUCCCUUACGUCUACGAAUUCAACGAAGACAACACCGUAACGUUGAAAAUUGGACCCAAGGACUGCAGAACUCCGUUGCCUGCAGCGUUUGUCCCAGGAGUGGCAUUCCUGAUUGUAGUUCUUCUAGGCAUUGUUGCUCUGCUGAUAUGGAAGUGCUGCACAGCCUUGAAAGAUAAGAAAGAGUAUGCUAGGUUUGAAGAAGAGCGAAAACGGACGGUUUAUGCAAUGGAUGAAAAUCCACUUUUUCGCCCUGCAACGACACGUUUCCGGGUUCCAUCAAUGAUUAAGGAAGAUUAGUCACCACAUUGAUCAAAGAAGUACAUGAAAAAAACACAGGAAUUUAUUUGCGAAACCUAAAUACGUGAAUGUACUUUACAUACAUUCUAGUCCAUAACAUGUGUGUGCGCAUGUACGCGUGUGUAGUAGUAUUAUAUUCUCAGACGUACCAUGUACUUAUAAUUCAAUACCGUACUGGAAAAUAUACAUGCAGGGCGCCCCAAUCUUUCGUUGAGAUUGAACGCUCAUAGAAUAAGCACCAUCGAUAAACCGCUUGGUCUGACUUCUGUACAGAAAUAAAACAAGUUGGGAAGUGUAAACUUGUGAGACUCGGAUGACUAUAUCUUCAAAUAUAUAAUUCUGCCGUUAA